AUGCCCCAAUGGCGUCUAAUCGCGAGUGUUUUAGUGCUUUUCACCUGUUUGCCGGAUAUUUCGGCAAAGAGAAGCCGAAACAGGAAUUACCUCCUUCCCAGCCCAUUCUCAAAUGUAAUGGAUGGACGACGUACAACAAUGGAAUACGCUAAAAAUAUCCACUUCAAAUACUACGAUAGUGACAACCAACUCGUGUCUAUUGCCAAUUUGCUAAUGGAGGAAGCCAGUGGGUUCAGUAUGUGCAAUCCAGAUGAGAAGUUUGCCAUUAUUGUGCAUGGUUGGAAGGAGAGCUGCGAAACGGAGUGGGUGCCAUGGAUGAUUUCGAACUUGACUGUCUUCCGAGGCGGCUGUAUCAUCUGCAUGGACUAUGGUGGGUAUGCCAGUGCUGAUCGCUACCUACGUCUCUUCCGGCAAUUUGACCCCAUAACUGAGAUUCUGGCUGGAAAGUUGAGGUUGAUGGAAGCCAUGGGCUUCAACUUGGGUCAGGGAUUCAUCUUUGGCUUCAGCUAUGGCGGCCAUGUUGCCGUUGAGGCAUCCAAGAGAGUGGGUGUGCGUCGCCUUGAAGCAAUUGAUAUUUGUGACAUUGCUGGACCGGCCUUUGACUUCCGGCGAGCACAUAUUGAUCACCGGAAUGCUGCCAGGAAUGUCCAAUGCAUCCACACGAGUAGAGACAAGGGGUCACGGCAUACAACAACUUGCCAUCAAAAUUGGAAAAUGGGAACAUGUGGAUGGUUCCAGACGGCUGCUGCAGAUCCACCAAAGGGAUCCCAUGGACUCUGUCCCUAUUUCUACCUCAGUGCCUUCAGCAAUGACUUCCUAGCUGUACCAAAGCCAAUGGGAUGUAUGGCCAGGAAACCAGCACGGUACUGGCCUGAAGGCUUCCGGAUGGGCUACCGAGAGCCAAGGAAGUGGCAAGUUCAGGGCGAACUCUUUGCUUUAACCACAAAAGAAUACCCCUUCACGAGUAAUGCAACGGAAAUGAAUGCAUUGGAUUUUUUUCCCAUGCUGGCAUCUGAGACGGAACAUACCGAGAUGGAUAUUGACUUCUUCGUAGAGACUACCAAAAAGCCAUAG